AACGUCAACAGCCACCCUCUUUCUUUCCAUCACUAUUCCGGCGACCUAGUGGUCAGAUUUCGUGAAGGUUGAUUCAAAAUGGUCCAGCGACUGACGCUUCGACGACGCUUGUCGUACAACACCAAGUCUAACAAACGCCGUGUUGUCCGCACUCCCGGUGGCCGCCUAGUGUACCUGUAUGUCAAGAAACAGCGUACUCUGCCAAAAUGCGGUCAGUGCAAGUCGAAGCUGAGCGGUAUCAAGCCAUCCCGGCCGAGCGAGCGUCCCCGCAUGAGCCGUCGUCUGAAGACCGUCACCCGUUCGUUCGGAGGCGUCCUAUGUCACCGUUGCCUCCGUGAGCGCAUCAUCCGUGCAUUCCUUAUCGACGAGCAGAAGGUCGUCAAGGUCCUGCGCGCUCAACAGCAAAAGCCAGGCAAGGCAGCCAAGCCGGCUAAGGCAGCCAAGGCAGCCAAGGCAGCCAAGGCCGCCAAGGUAGCUAAGGUAGCCAAGGUAGCCAAGGUCGCGAAAGCUGAGAAGCCCAAGACUACGAAGCCCGUGACUAAAAAAAUUGCUACCAAGUCGAAGUAGGUUGAAUCCGAUUCGGUUGAUGCGCAGACAGGAGAGUAACGAUGUCGCCUUCCUGUGGUGUGUGAAUAAACGUUAAGCGCCUGCUCUACAAGGACCUACAAAUACACAAAAAAGUUGGUACGAAACGGA